GGUCCCAACAAAAGAAAAUCUUUUUAGUUUUUGGCGGGAGAUACUUACAGUCAGCUUCGAUCAAUUCAAAAUUUGAUCAUGCCGAAUACGGACAUACAUAAAAAUACGGAACUUUAUGAAAGAUACAAUGCCUGUUUUCAAGUUUCGAAAAAGAAAGGAUGCCCUCCUUCAGUAUACGAUGGUUUAGAAUUAUAUGGUCUUAUUAAACAGUCAUCUAAAGGUGAUAUCAAUAAAAGUAAACCUAGUGCAUUUCAUGUUGUCGAAAGAGCGAAAUGGGAAGCUUGGCACAAAAAGAAAGGAUUAACCAAAGAACAAGCCAUGGAGGAAUUUAUAAGAACUGUCAAAAAAGCCUAUUCCUGUUCGUGUUGAAAUUAAAUAAUUUAAUUUAG